GCCAAGCUCGCUGGCCGCUGCUUAGGGCUGGCGGGUGGCCGGGGCUGUCUGAGCCAUGAACGGCCUCAGGGGUGCUAUCCUCUUGUGGGCAUUGGUAGCAUGGGCUCAAGCGGAUGAGCCUCUGGGCGAGACAGAUGAGACUACAUUUCAAAAAUGCAGGAAUGCCUUAAAACUACCUGUUCUGGAAGUCUUACCCGGAGGGGGCUGGGAUAACCUGCGGAAUGUGGACAUGGGACGGGUGAUGGACCUGACUUACAGGAGCUGCAAGACCACAGAGGAUGGACAGUACAUCAUCCCCGACCAGGUCAUCAGCAUCGCCCAGAAACAGAGCAACCUGGAGAUGAACUCCGAAAUCCUGGAGUCCUGGGUGAAUUACCAGAGCAGCACCUCCUACUCCAUCAACCUGGAGCUCUCCCUUUUUUCCAAGGUCAAUGGCAAGUUCUCCUCUGAUUUCCAGAAGAUGAAGACCCUUCAAGUGAACGACCAAGCCAUAACGACCCGGGUUCAGGUGAGAAACCUGAUCUACACAGUCAACAUCAACCCAGCUUCAAAGCUCAGCAGGGGGUUUACGAAGCAGCUCUUGGACAUCUCUGAUCACCUGGAGAACAACCAGACGCGGAUGGCCACCUACCUGGCAGAACUGCUGGUCCUCAACUACGGCACCCAUGUCAUCACCAGUGUGGGUGCCGGGGCUGCUCUCAUCCAGGAGGACCAUAUCCGAGCCUCGUUCCUGCAGGACAGCCAGAGCAGCCGCAUUGCCCUGACCUCAUCCGCUGGCGCUGCCUUUUUGGACGUCGUGAACUUCAAAUUUGAGGAGAAGUACACCUCACAGAACGCCCUCACCAAGAGCUACCUCUCUAACCGAACCAACUCCAGGGUGCAGAGCAUCGGAGGGCUUCCUUUUUACCCGGGCAUCACCCUUCAGGCCUGGCAGCAAGGCAUCGCCAACCACUUGGUGGCCAUUGAUCGCGACGGCCUGCCCCUGCACUUCUUCGUCAACCCCAACAUGCUGCCCGAGUUGCCGGGGCCGCUCGUGAAGAAGCUGUCCAGGACGGUGGAGGCUGCUGUGAGACACUAUUACGCCUUCAACACCUACCCUGGGUGCACAGAUGUCAAUUCGCCCAACUUCAAUUUUCAGGCCAACACUGAUGAUGGCUCUUGCGAGGGAAAAAUGACCAAUUUCUCCUUUGGGGGAGUUUAUCAGGAAUGCGCCCAGCUCUCUGGGAAGGAGUUUGUCCAACUCUGCCAAAACCUGGAGCAGAAGAAUCCGCUCACUGGCGAUUUCUCCUGCCCCUCUGGCUACUCCUCAAUCAACCUGCUGUCCCAGGUUCAUGAGGAGGGUUACAACCACCUGGAGUGCCUGCGGAGGUGCACCUUCCUCGUCUUCUGCAAGACGGUGUGCGAAGACGUGUUCCGGGUGGCGAAGGCUGAAUUUAGGGCUUUUUGGUGUGUGGCCAGUGGGCAGAUACCAGAAAACUCAGGACUGCUUUUCGGGGGCCUCUUCAGCGGUAAGAGCGUAAACCCUCUGACGAAUGCACAGUCGUGUCCACCUGGCUAUUUUCCACUGAGACUCUUUGAAAACCUCAAGGUAUGUGCCUCUCAGGACUAUGAGCUGGGCUACAGGUUUUCGGCCCCCUUUGGUGGGUUCUUUAGCUGCACAGUCGGGAACCCCUUGGUGAAUGCUGCCCUAUCCAGAGAUUUAGAGGCACCUUCUCUAAGAAAGUGUCCCGGGGGCUUCAGCCAACACCUCGCAAUCAUCAGUGACGGGUGCCAAGUGUCCUACUGUGUCAAGGCGGGGCUGUUCACGGGAGGGACUCUGCCCCCUGCCAGGCUGCCACCGUACACCCGGCCACCCCUCAUGAGUCAGGCUGCCACCAACACCGUCAUGGUGACCAACAGUGAGACUGCAAGCUCCUGGAUCAAGGAUUCUGAGACCCACCAGUGGAGGCUGGGGGAGCCGUUAGAGCUACGCAGGGCCAUGAGGGUCAUCCGUGGGGAUGGCAGCGGUCUGUCCGGAGGGGCGGCCGCCGGGGUCACAGUGGGGGUCACCGCUGUCCUGGCGGCCGCCAUCACCCUGGCCAUCUACGGCACCCGGAAGUACAAGAAGAGGGAAUACCAGGCCUUGGAGGACGAGACGCAGAGUUUGGCCGCAGGCCUGGCAGCGCCUGGAGAUGCCCCCAGCCAAGAGCGGGAGCAGAGUCCUGCUUAAGUCUGUCCCAGGAGACAUUUCUCCCACCUCUGGCCAGAGCUGCAAACCUGCCUCUCCCUCCUUCUCUCCCCACUUCUGCCUGCCUGAGGACUGGAGUGGCAGGUGCAACGAAAAGCAGGUAUAACUUUGUGACUUCCUUAGGGCCCUGGGCCAGGAAAUAAACAGAGAGCUCUGUGGA